AUGAAAAUCUCAAGUACUAUCUACCUAACGGUUACCCUCGCAGCUUCCGCAGCUGCAAGAGUAACUGAUGCUGUGCACGACGCGGUUGAGGGAAACGCCCACAUCCAACCUCGUAGUGACUGGUCAGAUCCUGAUCCCACGUACAAGGCGCCGUAUGAUUAUGGAUGGGAACCGAGAAAAGAGUAUAUUGGAUAUUGGCCAGGGGAAUCGGGAACUUUCAACGAUGAGUAUGUUAAGCUUAGAGCUGCAGCUCGGUUGUGGGAUGGUAUGUAUUCCCAUGGUUUCUUUUUUUUUUUUUGUUUGUUUAUCCCAAAACCUCGUCACUAGUUCUCUUCACCUUAAUGUUUAUAUCAGGUUGUAGAAUAUUUGCUUCCAAGAAGACAGCUAACAAGAAAUAGUAACCCACCCCAUCCUCCCCAAAAACGUCAAGAUCCCCAACCCCCUCCUCCCAACCACCGACCCCCUCGUCCUAGAACUCUACCAAAGCUCCCUGGUAUCCUACGAACAACACCUCCGCCAAUCCCCCAUACAAAAAUCCGCAGCCAACUCCCUGCGCCGAACCAACCUCUUCUACUUCAUGCAAAUCAGCAACUGCGUGGCCUCGCUGGGCGACAAGAAGUUCUGCGACCCCUCCCAAAACAAGGAUAUCAAGCGCCUGGGUUGGGAUGUGUAUGCGAAUCGGUUUAAUGGGCUGUAUCAGAAGUUGUUUGAUGGGAUGAAGGAGGAGGGGCGUAUUUUGCUGGGGAGGAAGUUGAGGGAGUUUAUUAUGCGGGAGAGGUGGGUGAUGGAGGGGCUUAAUGUUAAUGGGACGGUGAAGGAUGAGGAGGCGUUGAAGAGGAUUCAGGUGGGUGAGAAGUUGGGGUUUGAUGCGAAGGAGAUGGGGUUCAAUAAUUCGGAGGUAGGGAAUUGGAAGGGGAAGAGAGGUGAGAGGCGGAGGGGGAAGCUUACGAGGAGGGGUUUUUGGGAGGGUAGUAAGGAGGAGAGUGGAGAGUUUAGGUUUGAAGAUGAGUGGGCGGUGGGGGAUGAGAAGAACUUUGAGGAGGUGAGGAAGAUGCUGGAGAAGAAGAAAGCGAUCAAGGAGAAAAGUGAGGCAAAUGCCAAGUACUCGGAUGAUGAUGAUGUGCCGUGGCACAUUAAAUUUUUGUGUUGGAUUGGGAAUCUCAAGAUGAAAACUGAUCCUAUCUGUAUUGAACAGUGGAGUGGGUCUGAGACUGAAGAUGGGCAUUAUUAG